CUAUAAUUUGAAGUUAAAUAUGAUGAAAAUGACGAAAACGAAAGAUAAAAAGAAGAAAAAGUUGGAAACUCAAGAAUCAGAUUUAUCCUGAUAUAAAAUAAAUCCUUUCGGAUCGGGAGAAAAAAUUAAGUAAAAAUGGAAACAAGAAAAAGGAUAAAGAGACAAAUCCUUUUUAAUGAAACCAACAAAAAGCACAAAAAAAGAGAAGGAAAAGGCAGAAAAGAAAGAACUAAAAAAGAGCAGAAAACGAUGAGAAAAAGGAAGUUCAAAAAGAACGCAAAAGGAAAAAAGGCAGAAUCAAAGAACACUGAAUUCCAAAUAGACUUGGGUACAGAGACAGACAACGUUCCAGAAAGUAAUCCUACUUCUGGAAUAAGUACUAAAGACACUAACAAUGUCAUAACACCGCGACAGAUUGGCACUAUUGGUUCAUACGAUCCUCCAAUGCGUGACCCAAAAAAGGAACCACUGUUUUCCAGAGACGCUCAAGUGUCUAAGAACUUUAGAUUGGCCGUAGCCCCUACUAGACACGAACAGUCCGUCCCCCAUCCUACCAAAUAAACGAAUACUGGAAUUAAAAACAAGUCGAGAACGUGGAACAAGUCAGAAUGCAUCAUUGCCGGAUUUAACACACAAACCCCAUUAUCAGUAUCGACCUACUAAGUCAAAUAGUAAUCAAGAUAUGAAAGAAAUUGGCACAACGGGAACGCGAGAUACGACGCCUCUUCCACCUCCAAAACAGCGUCCAGUGUCUCUGGAAGUUCAAUCAUCGCUCAAUCCCAACAAAUUGAGUCCCGUGAUAGAAAACAGGUCACCAUCACCCCUUAUUCCUCGUCCACAUCACCGAAGAUAGUGACGUAAAAAUGUAUCGAACAGCCUCGAAAGUAAGAAAGGAAAAGAUAAGAAGAAGAAAAAAAAGUUGAAGAAACUUUUAAAGAAAAAGAAGAAAAAGGGCGGGAAAUCAAACGAUGUGAUAGAAGAACAAGGUGCCACUGAACAAGUUGUGAUGAGAAGACCAAAAGUUCAUGACAUUGAGACUCUUAGAAGAGAAGCGGAGGAAGUGAAAGAGAUAGCAAGGACGAGCAUCAUAAAUAUGGUGGAACAACGAAAUUCAGCGUUAGACAGACUUACUGCGAACACGGCACAGCUUGAAGAAUUUGCUCAUGGUUUUGCUACGUGCGCCCAAGAAGCAAGAUUAAAACAGCAAGCCCGCGUAACAUGCUGUGGAAUAGGAAGUAAAUGGAAGGUUUGCUGGUACAUAUGCGCUUGUCAAGGAAAAAUAAAAAGGCGGAAACGCAAACAACAGAAAAAUGGAAAAGCAAUUCCAGAGGCAGAGGAACUUCUAGAGGACGAUGAUUACUAUAGACCGGCAAACACUGAAAGUUCCAGAGUGAAACAAGAAAAUGAAAUUGACGCCCAGGUCGAAACGAAUCCAUUUUUGUCAAAAUCUAACACACCGACUGUUUCAUAUUCGCAAGAUGGCAACAAGGAGCAAUCACAGCAGCAGUCUAAUACACUAAAAAGCAAGUUGUUGAAAUUACCUAAAACACUCCGUGGAUCGUUACCUAGUCUUGUUGAUGACGACCCACCACCAGGAAGAUCAUUGAGGAGCAUGGCCAACAUUGACCCACGUGAGAGGAAGUCGUCAUCUGUUAGCGCGUUGCACGAAAUCGUCAAAAAGAGGGGGGGAAAAGAAAGGUUGAAACGAGACAUAUUAGAAGAGGAGGCCCGGGACGAACUUCCACCAAUGUCAAGACCACUAAGUUAUCUAUCCAACAUCGAUCCUCGACAGCGAAAAUCUUCAUCGGUGAGUGCGCUGAACGAAAUCAAGAAAUCGAGAGCGGAGAAAAGGAGAGAAGAGAAAGAAAAAAAAGAAAAACUCCAGCAAAGAGAAAAACGAGAGAAAGACAUUGAUAAAUUUGCGUCACAAUACACUGAUGAAGACACCAGAAAGAAAGUCGCAGAGUUGUUGGAAUUAGACUUAUCGUAACAACUUUCACGCACUCGUCUAUUUGAGGAGUGUGCAACUUACGGCCCGCGGGCCAAAUGCGGUUCACAAGG